AAAAAAAAAAUAGAAGUUUCACACUUUAAGAUAAGAUUAAGUCUAUGCGAUCACUAUAUGAUUUUUUUUUUUACCAAGUUAUAACUAUCUAAAGUAUCGAUGAUGUUUUGUUUAAAUUAACUUCGGCGCAAAAUUGAGAACAGUUUAUAUUUAUCAAACUGCUGAUGGUAACGCGAUUGUAAAAUUUUUUUUUGGGGGGGAGGGUAAAUAUUGCUUACGUUGAAAUUCCACGUGUGCGUUCAGUUUUGCUCGUCACUCAAUCUCGAGCUUGUUAGAUUCAAUUUGCCUUAAGUGACACCGAGAUCACGGAAGAAUUUGAAUUUUGAAAUCACGCUCUUUUUAGUUCCACAUACUUGACGAUAGAUGACGGAUUAGUGAAUCAUUCGUAAGAUGGCUGCCAUCAGACAUAGAGUUUUGUUCGUGAAGUGACAAAAAUUGCCAAAGGCGUUUCGUUUUUUAGGAAGAUUCACCUUAUGUUGUGUUUUGCAACAGUUAUCACCCAUGAGCAGCUGUUCAGACGCGUAGAUGUUAAUUGAGUAUUUUUCUAUCGACGAAGCCCCUCAAAUGUAGUCAGUACAGAUCGUUAUUAUGUGACGGGACUUGAAACAGAGCGCGGAACUAUAAAAAAAGAGGCGUAUGCGAGAACUAUUAGAUGGUACUUAUGUCAAUUCGUUCUUAGCGACAAGCGUUGAUGAAUGUCUGAGAGUGAUACUUACGACUCGGCGGACGAAUACACAAGCCUGAUGGACGGUCACGUCGCGGAGUCUCGCACGGACGACUUGGGCUUGGUCACUGGCCGAAAAAGGCGUUCGCGUAUCAGCAACGAAGAGGCUGAAAAUGGUGUUCCUGAGGUCCACGUUCAGACGCCGGGUAUAUCAAACAAUGCAGGUUCAGGUAGGAGAGGCGCGUCGGGUAACAGUGGCCAGGGUAGAUCGAGAAAUUAUAGAGAAGAAGAGGAAGAGGAAUUAAAGUAUGGGGCAGCGCAUGUCAUUAAAUUGUUUGUGCCUGUAUCUCUUUGUAUGUUAGUUGUAGUUGCUACAAUUAGUUCUAUAAAUUUCUAUACAACCAAAGGGAUGUACUUAGUGUACACUCCGUUUCAUGAAGACAGCGCUGAUACAAGUACCAAGGCUUGGCAGGCAGUUGCCAACUCUUUGAUACUCAUGAGUGUCAUUGUAUUCAUGACUGUGAUACUUAUUGUCUUAUACAAAUACAAAUUUUACAAAGUAAUCCAUGGGUGGUUAAUAAUAAGUUCCUUAUUGUUGUUGUCUAUGUUUUCAAUGCUAUAUUGCGAGCAAGUAUUAAAAGCAUAUAACAUUCCAAUGGAUUUGUUUACACUAGGCUUAGUUUUAUGGAAUUUUGGAGUAGUUGGAAUGAUAUGUAUACAUUGGCAAGGUCCUUUGCAGUUGCAACAAGCGUAUCUUAUUUUUAUCUCUGCUCUAAUGGCGCUUGUUUUUAUCAAAUAUUUACCAGAAUGGACAGCAUGGGUGGUACUAGGUGUUAUCAGCAUUUGGGAUUUGAUUGCUGUGUUAACGCCAAAGGGACCUUUAAGAAUACUUGUAGAGACCGCUCAAGAGCGAAAUGAGUCUAUUUUUCCUGCGUUGAUUUAUUCUUCUACAAUUAUGUAUACAACCACAAUGACUUACGCUGGCUAUGUACAGACUGCAACGAUGACUACUAGCGAUGCCACUGCUGGUGAUACUACGACAUAUACCAUGCGUAAUCAAGCAGAUAAUCAAAAUAAUCCUGCGUCCGGAGAUGCAGAAGAGAGUGGGUUUACUCCUGAAUGGAUAGAUACACAUGGUAGUGACCGAGGAGCGAGGCGGGCGCAAGAAGUACGUGAAAAUACCUUGUCCUUAACAGAGAGAUCAAGGCAACAAGACAGUCGGGUUGCGCGUGAAUCGCAAGGCCAGCAGGUUGCAAUUACCGAAGAAGAGCGAGGUGUAAAGCUAGGUCUCGGUGAUUUUAUAUUUUACAGCGUUUUAGUUGGGAAAGCUUCCAGUUAUGGUGAUUGGAACACUACGUUGGCUUGUUUCGUUGCGAUUCUUAUCGGGCUUUGUUUGACGCUGUUGUUGUUGGCCAUAUUCAAGAAGGCAUUGCCCGCAUUACCGAUCUCUGUUACGUUUGGUUUAACAUUUUAUUUUGCUACGAGGGUAAUCGUUGCGCCGUUUGCGGAUAAUUUAGCGAGCGAGCAAAGAGGCUCGCAGUGCGGCAAUUCCGAGCAGACCUGUAUCAGCCGUCGUAAAUAUUCCUCUAAUCGUUUCCUACGUUGUCGAGCCACAACCUCGUACCUUGGGAAAACUUGUCGCGGUGGGAAGCGUAUUGCUGCUACCUGUGCAAUUGAAACGUAUAAAGCUUGUGAAACAAUUUCACGGAAGAUUUUCUUCUUCCUACAUUUUUAUCUUCUUUUUUUUUUUUUUUUUUUUAUUUUAGGAAAAUGUUUGACGAAACAUACAAGAGAUCAUGAUCGUUUACCCGUUUGA